AUGGCUUCACGAGACCCGCCGAAGCCGUCGAUCGAUCGCCAAUCGACGACCCCCUUCCACCUCAAGCUCUUCUACCGCCAGCACGCCUUCCACCAUCUCGCCGACUUCCCCGUGGCAUCGGCCCCCUCGCGAGGAGGAGCACACAUUGGGAGCAAUGCUUCGUCGGGAAUGCAGCUCCCUGCCCAUCUGCAGAUCUACACCUGGCAGUCGUGCACGCUGCGCGAGCUGUCGCAGCUGCUGACCUCUGCGCUACCGGGCCAACUGCCCAGCCCGCCCAUCGGGACACGGCUGUGUUUCCGCCUGGUAUACCCGGACACGCGUGGUGCGGCGGCCAUGGGACCCGACGCGCGUGGUCGGUACCUGAGCAAGGAUAUGGGGAGUGUGAUUGUCGGGGACCGCGAGGGGAAACAGCAUGACGGCAACGAGAAGAACAGCGACGGGUCCGCUAGGACAUACAGGUUACAGGGGGAUGAUGCGGACAAGAUGCUGCAGGAUAUGCGGUUCGUGAUUGGCGACUUUGUCGACUGUGCGAUCCUGCCGCCGCUGGAAGACGGAUCGAUCGCACCGGCGAUUGUCUCUGGCCGGGGG